AUGAACGGACUACAGGCCAUCCCCCAAGCCGCCGCCAUGACCCGUCCCCAGGUCGGCAUUGAGCGGCUGCCGACGAGACGCAUGAGCAACGAGCCCAGAGAGUCCAUGAACUGCAAGUCUUGUCGCAAGCGCAAGAUCAAGUGCAAUCGUCUUCGACCGGCCUGUGAAGCUUGCCAAGUUUUUCAAUGCCCAUGCAUUUACGACGCGGUGCCAAAAAAACGAGGCCCCAAGACGGAUGUUCUUGAGGCAUUGUUGAAGAGGGUUGACGGACUCGAGGCAAAGUUAAAGGAGAAAAAUGCAGGAGAGAAGACGCCCACAGAACCAACAGCCCCUGGACCUCUGGACGAGGAGGCCUCCUCGUCAUCGGCAGCUGAGGUUUCUGACGAGGUGGAACCUAAGCCGAAACGACUCGCCAUUGACACAAUGAGGCAGAACGACGCGGAUGAGUCCGCCGUAUACACGCCUCAUCCAGGCGGCUACCAAGCAGCUGUCAAGUUGAGCGAAGAUUAUGCGGCACGCUCGAGGAUAGAACUGGACACUGAUGAGCCAUCCGUCGACGCACUGCAAGCGCUGCUGCUGUUGGUCAUUGCGUUCACUGCGGCAGGCAAGGGAAAAAAGGCAUACAUGUUGAUGACCAAUGCAGUUGGUAUGGCAACGGCACUGGAGAUGCACCGAGAAAUGGACUCUCACGCAAGAGUUACGCCAGUGGAGAGAGAGAUGCGACGAAGGCUGUUUUGGACAUGCUACCUCCUCGACAAGUUUCUAGCCUGUGGUUCGAAGCGACCGUCACUGAUUGGAGACAAGACCAUCAUUCUACGCCUCCCUUGUUGGUCGCCAAACCCAUCGGCACUCCCCAUCGACGGCGAGUUCUUCCAAGCCGCGUCCAACCUCCAAUACCUCCAAGGCAGCGGGAAGAAGACGCAAGGAAGCACUGGCAUGCUGAUCGAUAUCAGCCGUAUCCUGGGCAUCACCAACAGGUACCUCGCUGCUGGUGGUGUUAAAGGUGAUUCGCACUUCCCAUGGCAUUCACUUUCCAACCUUUCCAAAAUUCGACAAGACCUCGACAUCUGGGCCUCCGGCACCGAGGACGUAUUCUCCAGCCUGGACACCUUGUUCGGUCAACUGGACUCGACGAUUCUGGUGUUGAGCAAAUUAAUCUACCAUCUCAUCCACUGUCUGAUAUACAGGCCGUUCCUUCCGAUCGAUCUUUCUGAGCUUUCAGGGACUGGUCAACAUCAGUCAUGGCAAAUCGAGGCCACCAACAUGUGCUUUCUGCAUGCGAACGCCAUCUCGGAACUCGUAGAGCUUGGCAAGCAGACGGGUAGCAUCGAAUGGCCAGCCUUCGUCGGCUAUUGCAUCUGCACUGCCGGUACCGUGCACAUCCACGGUGCACACUACAACAAGGUUGGAAGUGGCGAAAUGAACGUUUUCAGCUCGUCCUCGGAGUUUUUGUCACGCGAAAUGCAGCAACUCAGCGAACUCAGAUAUGUUUGGGUGAGCGUGCAGCAUCAACGCGAAACGCUGCAUGGCAUCUAUAAUGCCCAUUCUGAGCUCAUCAAAAGCUUGGCCAACAACCCUAUGAGGUACUCGCCCGCAUUCCAUCUAGAGGACUUUUUUGAUCGGUACGCCAAUAUUGGCGGGCCGGGAGGCCAGUCAUUUAACUUUGAUGCCGCCAAUCUGAGUCUGGCAGACGCUGUUGUCGACUUCACGGCAGACUCUUACGUAGGGCACGACCUGUAUGCGCCACGCACUGCCAGCAGCAACGACGGCGAGCGACCAAACCUAAAGCGCAAAAGCACGUCGUCUUCUAGCCGCAAACGCCCAGAUAUGGCUGCUGUGGCAUCUCUCAGCACAAGUAUGCCAGCACCUCCCACACCUGGCCUGCAGAACGGAUCCCGACCUCGGCAUUCUUUCUCACACCAGAGCUCCGGAAUGCCGCCACCUCAGCCUUCACCUGGCUCAUUCUCGGCCAGCAACGGUCUCCAUGCUCAUCACGAGAUGGCAGAGCACCAUCAACAGAUGGCCAACAUGAACGGCCAGUAUGACGAGUCUGCUGCAGCUGCGGCUGCGGCGGCAGGCUUCGCUUUACAGGCACACCACCACCACCAACAGCAACAGGGCAUUCCAUCUCUAACAGGAGCGCCCUUCUCCCCGCAGUUUAGCUUCAACACUCCAGGAGCGACUGCGGGUGGUGAUGGGUCUGGUUCUUAUGACCCAAUGUUCGGAGGUCUGCCGACCAAUGCGUUCAGCAGUCCUGCCGCUUGGCAGGGCGCCGACGAUGGAAGCGGCAACAAGCUUCCCGUCGCGCCUCCGCAAGGGCCGACAUCGGCAGGCCACGCAGCGGCCCCCAGCCCAGGGGCCAAGAGCACCAACGGCAGCACAGGCACCGGGCCUGGCGAGGAGAAGGACCCGUUCCUGAGUCUUCUGGAGCAGCUUGCGGAGAACGAGCAACAGUUCGCAAGAGGUCCUGGGAACGAGUUUGACUUUUUCUUCGGUGGUGGCGUCGGCGCCAACCAGUAA